GCGGCAGGGGCUGCACCCGCGCCCCUCCUGGACCUGGGGGUCCGCCGUGCCCUGUGGUGUGGGAAGCUCGCGGUCGUGUCGGGGUGCUCCGGGGACUCCUAACUCUGGCUGCCCAGGAAAGUGCCUUCAUGAACCCAGAGGAUGUCCGGGAAGCACUACAAAGGUCCUGAAGUCAGUUGUUGCAUCAAAUACUUCAUAUUCGGCUUCAAUGUUAUCUUCUGGUUCUUGGGCAUAGCGUUUCUUGGAAUUGGACUCUGGGCAUGGAAUGAAAAAGGAGUACUGUCGAAUAUCUCUUCAAUCACAGACUUGGGAGGUUUUGAUCCUGUUUGGCUGUUCAUGGUUGUGGGGGGAGUUAUGUUCAUUUUAGGAUUUGCAGGAUGUAUUGGAGCUCUUCGAGAAAACACUUUCCUUCUCAAGUUUUUUUCUGUCUUCCUGGGAAUUAUUUUCUUCCUGGAGCUCACUGCUGGAGUUUUGGCAUUUGUUUUCAAAGACUGGAUCAAAGACCAGCUGUAUUUCUUUAUAAAUAACAACAUCAGAGCUUAUCGGGAUGACAUCGAUUUACAAAACCUCAUAGACUUUACCCAGGAAUAUUGGCAGUGCUGUGGGGCUUUUGGAGCAGAUGACUGGAACCUAAAUAUUUACUUCAAUUGCACAGAUUCCAACGCAAGUCGAGAACGAUGCGGUGUGCCGUUUUCAUGUUGUACGAAAGAUCCUGCAGAAGAUGUCAUCAACACUCAAUGUGGAUAUGAUGCCAGGCAAAAACCAGAGGUCGAUCAACAGAUUGUAAUCUACACAAAAGGCUGUGUGCCCCAGUUUGAGAAGUGGUUACAAGACAACUUAACCAUAGUGGCUGGUAUUUUCAUAGGCAUUGCAUUGCUUCAGAUUUUUGGGAUAUGCCUAGCUCAGAAUUUGGUUAGUGACAUUGAAGCUGUCAGGGCCAGCUGGUAGAACUGCUGAAUGAACCAACCGCUGUAAGACACUGGACUCCUGAGACCCUCCCCUGCCUCCAGUCUGCUAUGCUGAUGCCAAGCCCAAUCCACUGAUGAUGCAAGCUUGCAGUCUGCAGUCCCAAUGGCUGAUAUUGCCAUGAAAUUGCUUCCGUGGGGGUGAACCUAGGGAGGGUUAUUAGGACCUGCUGCUCACUGACAGAUUUCAAUUUAAAACAAAAAACGACCCAUUUGAAAGCUGUUGAACCGUGCAUCUACUGUAGCCAUGGUUUGUGAACAGUUGGACACUUACCAAAAGGAAAACUCAAACAGAUGUGCGUAAAUUGAAACAGAAUUACAUUGCAAUCUGUGGGAAAUGCUGUUUUUUCUCUCCUUGUGUUGAGGGCUGUCAGAGGUGGUGAAAGGAGUUUUGUGUCUUCAUCAUACCCAGAAGGGACAGUCAUUUUGUCCUCAGAUGAAAGGAACUGCUGUCUUUUCUAAAAUGAAACCCAUUGACAAUGGGCAGUCUUUUUUUUUUUCAUCUCCAACCGUAAAUGUUAAGAAAUUCUAAGAACCAAGAAGAAAAGAACUUGGGUCUUUUAAGUGUCCUGCUCCAGAAUUGGUGAACAGAGUCUUUAAAUAACUUGUGAGAAGCAUCACCUGCCGUUCCGGGUUCUUCCCCUUUUACCAGGGAAGGGAAUCAAUAUGACAUCUGCACUGAGCCAAUGAGUUGGAAGACUUCAGGGUGCCGUAUCUUAGCCGAGCAAUCUUCCUAAGCAAGCAUGGGGUUUAUUUCAAAUGGAAAUAGGAGAAGAAAUUGUGUUAAAUGAAAUGGUGUUACCUAAUGUUCUCCCCCCCAAAAAAAAAAUUUGGUUGCUGUAUUCUUUGGAAAUUUCUAGAAUACUCUUUAUUUGGGGAUCAGGGGGCUAAGGCUUUGAUACAAAUCUUUUAAGUUUUCCUUUAAAACUUUUUUUUCA